UAUACGACAUGUAUAACAGCCUUGUACCAUUUAGUAUAACGCAGAGACGGUACGAGUAAGAUGAAAGUGUUAUUUUAUCAAUUUAUAUCAGUAUAUUGUCUGAUCAAGAAUCUACUGGGAAUACCUCCAGGUUUAGUUAAGAAAAGUUCAUUUCCAGUUGGUUUACUAAUACAAUUAUGUCUAUUUACAUUGACAAUUGCAACCAUGUUAUCUUCGAUUCUCUUAUAUAUUACAUUACAAACCUUUUUGUUUUGCAUGGAUUUGUGGCUAAUGUGGAAAUAUGGUAAGAAUUAUGGUGGCAGAUUAAAAGGACAGGAUGCACAAUUAGAAUCGACUGAGGAGAAGGUAUCGAUUUCGGUUAUGGUGAUAUUGAAUCAUAAUGAAGAUAAUAAUGUCCUAUAUAAACGAUUAGAAGAAAUGGCUAAAAACGUACAUAACAGUUUUUACAAAUUAUCAUGUGCCGUCGAAAAAUGUUUGGGGUACCCGUAUUACAUAAAGAACCAAGUAACUGAUAAUGAUUGCUUAGUUUAUGCUAAAGUCAAUGAUAAAGAAUAUUUAACCCGCGAUGAAUUACUAGAAUAUAUUCAAAAGAAUUGUAUGAUCAAUGUUAUCAAUCAAAAAAGGUUGUGGUUUGGUAGGAUAUUUACGCAACCCGUUAAAUGGAAUAAAAAAAGUGAAACAAUGAAACAAACAGCAAUAAUGUUAGUCUUCAGACAUUGUUUGGCUGACGGAGUUUCGCUCAUAGGGUUAUUAAAAAAUUUUAUGAUUCGCGAAGAAAAUCCCGAAGUUAUGAAGCUUAAUCCGAAAUAUACUACAAAACCGAAUUUUUCAUUUGACAAUGCUUAUAUUUAUCGAAAUCCGUUAACUUGCGGACGAGAUGAACCCAAAUUUGAUAUACCAAACAGCGAACGUAAUAUUGUAUUUUAUAUUGAAGACGAAAUAAAAUAUGUGCCGUUGGUAAAAAAGAUCAAAAACAAACUAGGGGUAGGAUUUACAGAAAUAUUAAUUGCGGGGUUAACUGCUAGUUUAGCGGACGUAUUAGCGAGGAGGGGAAAAACUAUGGAUAAGUGCCAAACAGCAGUUUUAUUCAGACCGAUUAAUGAAGAUUUAGUUAGUAUUGUUAACGGAACAUAUAAUUACAGUAAACUUACGAAUGAUUCAGCAAUAGUUAUGAUUAAUACUCCAGUUACUAUGGAAAAGGGAACCACUAUGUUAGAUCGAGUUAAAUCUAUUGGAAUUGAGCUCGAUAAAGCUAAAUAUUCUGUUGACAGCUUGGUGUAUUAUGCAAUUGGAAACUUAGGACAUUUAUUACCUGCUCCUAUAUUAAAACAUGCCAUGAUCUUUGUUACGAAUAUAUCAGCUGGUGCAACUAAUGUUGGUGGAUUAAAAGCUGGAACAAUAGCUGGAUGUGAAGUAGAAGCUGCAAUGUCAUACAUAGCAUUUUAUUAUAAGACAUGUUUUAGAUUAUCUAUAUUUUCGAAAGGUGAUCGCUUUCAAUUAGCACUCACAAUGAGAGAAAAUGUAGUGUACAACCGAAAAGAUGCUCAAGAAGUUAUUGAUAAUAUUUUUACGUUUGUUGAUAAUUUAAGUGAGGAGUUACAAAUCCAAUAAUACAUUUUGCAUAAUUACUAAUUAAUAAGAUGUAUAAGUAUAUAAGAAUAAAUAUUCGGUAAAUAUAAUAAUACACAAAGUA